AUGUCUCUGCCGGGCGACUCAUCGAGCAGCGGUGCCCGGCGCUUUCUGCGCCCGAAGAAGUUACGCUACGCAACCUUCGUCUUACCGAGAACGGGCCAGCGACUCAAGGGCCUCAUUAAUCUACGAAACCCAUAUCCUGACCCACAUGGGGAUAGCGACAACGAUGAACGACGGCCACUUCUCCCCAGAAAUGUCAUCGAGUGCCCCAAGAGCCUCCCAGCACGGCUCUGGUAUGGACUUCAACAUACAUGGCCAUGGAUGCAUGAGUUCGUUUCGUCGGAGCUAGGAAUCGGCGUUCUGAAGUGCAGUCUAGCUUACUUGCUUGGAUCACUCGCGACCUUUGUCCCGGCCAUUGCGUCGUUCCUGGGCCAUCAAGAUGGCAAACAUAUGGUUGCUACCGUCACGGUCUACUUUCAUCCAGCGAGAUCGCAGGGCGGCAUGUACAAGGCUUUGAUUUGUGCCUUUCUUGCCUUCCUUUAUGCUGCCUUCAUCUCUCUCACCAGCAUGUGUGUCUCAAUGUUCUUUCAGGACACUUUACAUAUGCUCCCCGUGGGACAUGCCGUCGUGCUCAUUGUAUUCUGCGGCGGCGGGCUAGGCUUCAUUGGUUGGACGAAACAGAGACUCGGCGAUCCGCUUGUUAACGUCGCAUGCUCCCUAGCUUCAUUGUCGACCAUAACUGUCUUAACUAAGGAGGGUGCAGUACAAAGUGGGGAUCUAUCGUUUGCGAAGAUCUCUCAGGUUCUGAAGAUGGUCGUGAUGGGUGUCACCAUCACAAUGGCCGUGUCUUUUCUGAUCUUCCCCAUAUCCGCACGCAAAAAGCUCCGAUCCAACUUGACUACUGUCACUGAAAGCUUGGCGACAAUGUUAGCUCUGAUCACUGAAAGCUUCCUCAGUGGCUCCGAAGAGGAACUCCAGACUGAAGAGUUCACCAACACGGCUGCGCGUCAUAAGAAAGCAUAUGCGCAGCUAGACAAGCUUGUAAGGGAGGCGAAGCUUGAGCAUUUUGUGGCAGGCACGGAAAAAGAGUACCGGUUGGAGAAGAAGUUAGUUCGUUGGGUGCAGGACAUCACUCAUAAUAUGGGUGGUUUACGCAGUGCAGCCCAUCUGCAGUUCCAGUUGCUCAAACCAACGGAGCUCGCACAGCUACAGAGUCACACUCCCGAAACCGGCCCUAUGCCUUUGAUAAGUCCGUGGUCACUCCAUGAAGAUGGGCCGUUCCUGGAACGAAUCGAUGAGCAACCAGACGAAGAAGACAGACUUGGGGCUGCUGAUAUGAACAACACCAAUGGUAACCCAACGAAUCCUCUGCAUCCGGCAGAUAUAUUUGCUCUCUUUAUCAGCCAUUUAGGGCCUUCUAUGCGCUCGCUUGCGUUUACCCUAAAAGAAAUAUUCAGAGACAUCCCGUUCACUCCCGCGCCUGAAUUUAGAGUUUCCGUCAACAGUCGCUACCGGACAAGUCUAGAUCGUGCGCUUGAGCUAUAUAGACAGUCGCGCGAAGAAGCGCUCAAGACCAUCUAUAGACAACGCGAGCUCACCGGGGUACAAGAGCUAGAAGUCGAAGCUGAUUUAGAAGAGGUUUCUGCAAGCUGUGGACACUUCAGUUUCUCUUUGCUGGAGUUUGGGGAGCAAUUAAAAGAGCUUUUAGAUAUAUUGGAUGAACUACAACUGGAAAGUGAGGAAAGACCGACAGGGAGAUCUUGGAGCUGGCUUAAGUUUUGGCGAUGGGGUGGCCCUGGAACGAGGAAGAAUGAUAUGGAGCAGUCGUUGGCUCCAACGGCUGAUGACACAGGCGCAGCACCUCGGCGGGAUAUGACCAGCUCACCGGAGUCAUCUGUUAGCCCUUCACCGGCCAAGAUCGAGAGAGUUACCUCUGCCGCCGAGAAGCGUCUCGGCUAUCGCAUAUGGAGGUCGCUGGGGUUCUUCCGCCGCGACGAUACCAAAUUCGCGAUCAAAGUCGGAGCAGGCGCUGCACUAUAUGCCUUGCCAUCAUUCCUCCAAUCUACUCGGCCCUUCUAUUCCCAUUGGCGAGGUGAAUGGGGGCUCUUGUCCUACAUGUUGGUCUGUUCCAUGACGAUUGGUGCUUCCAAUACUACGGGGUAUGCACGGUUCUUUGGUACAUGCCUAGGGGCACUGUGUGCCAUCCUUUCAUGGUACGUGAGUGCAGAAAACGUGUUCGCUCUCGCUUUCCUGGGGUUGCUCAUGGCCACUUGGAACUUCUACCUCAUCAUUGUCCGCGGCCAAGGUCCAAUGGGCCGGUUUAUCAUGCUCACCUACAACCUCUCAGUGCUAUACGCCUACUCACUUACCCAGAAGGAAGGCAGGGACGACCAAGAUGAAGGGGGCGAUAGCCCAAUCAUUACUGAAAUCGCCCUUCACCGAGUGGCGGCGGUUUUGUCAGGCUGCGUGUGGGGUAUCAUCAUCACGCGAGUCAUAUGGCCGAUCAGCGCCCGGGAAAGGUUGAAAGAGGGCCUGAGCCUGUUAUGGCUACGGAUGAGUCUGAUCUGGAAGCGCGGUCCUUUGUCCACCAUGGCCUUCCCCCAAGAGACUGCAGGCUUCAUGAGUGCUCGGGAGAAGUUGGAGGUGGAGCGGUUCCUGUCGCAUCUGGAGUCCCUCCAAGCCUCUGCGCGAUCUGAGUUUGAGUUGAAAAGCGCCUUCCAGGAUGCCAGCUAUGGCAAUAUUUUGCGGCGCACCCGAAGCCUGGUGGAUGCAUUUGUCGCCAUCAACCUGGAGUUGGUCAAGAAUAUGACCGCAUCGGAAGGGGAACUCGCUAUACUUCGGUAUACGGUAAAAGAAAGGCAACAAUUAUCCUCCAGAAUUAGCCAUCUGCUAUCUGUCAUGGCCUCCUCGAUGAAGCUGGAGUAUCCAUUGAGCGACGUUCUCCCCAGCGUGGAGCAUGCUCGAGAUCGGCUCCUCGCACGGCUCUUUCAUUAUCGCAAGGACAUUGAAACGUCACGGCUAUCAACGGACGAAGACUAUGCCCUACUUUACGCUUAUAUUCUGGUGACGGGGCAAAUUUCGGUGGAGAUUGAAGCGAUCAUGGGUGAGAUCAGCCGGCUCUUCGGGGUCCUACAUGAGGAUGCAGUGAAGCUGUAUUCCUAG